AUCGCCCUGAUCGCCAUGGCCAUCGCCAACGCGGCGGAGCGGCGGCUGACGCUGGGCGGCAUCUACAAGUUCAUCACCGAGCGCUUCCCCUUCUACCGCGAGAACCCCAAGAAGUGGCAGAACUCCAUCCGCCACAACUUGACGCUCAACGACUGCUUCGUCAAGAUCCCCCGCGAGCCGGGCCACCCGGGCAAGGGCAACUACUGGACCCUGGACCCGGCCGCCGAGGACAUGUUCGACAACGGCAGCUUCUUGCGCCGCAGGAAGCGCUUCAAGCGCACCGACCUCACCACCUACCCGGGCUACAUGCCCAGCGCCAGCGCCUUUACCCCCAACGCGGGAGUUGGGAGGCCCGGUCCUUGCGGGGGCUCCGGUGCUUUAGGUUACCCGGGUGGCGGCGAUCCCGUCUAUUCGCCCGUCCGCGCCUACAGCCCGCAGCUCUCCGCCCUUCCCCAGUACCCGGGGGCGCCGCCUGCUCUGCCCUCGCGAAUGUUCAGCAUCGACAGCUUGAUCAGUUCCAAACAGCAGCAGCAACAACAGCAGCAGCAACAACAACAACAGCAACAACACCAAGCAGCUGCUCUGCAGGCCUCCUCGGCGAUGGGGAUGGACCUGGGCCCUUACCAUUCCUUGGGCCUGAAUGGCGUGGGCGAUCUGGGCCCCUGCCCGAUGGGCAACCCGACGGAGACCUAUUUCCAGGCGCAGCAAGUGAGUCCCGGCUUAAUGGGUCGGCAGCCUGCAGCUCCGACCUACCCCUACGCCGCCUCUCCAUCAGGCCACUUAGCAGUGCCGCCCAGGGCCUAUUCCCCUCCCCACUCGCAGCUGUACGGUGCCCCCAGCAGGCUGGUUGUGCAACCCGGGCGCCCUGCCUCUUCCUGCCCGGAACACGCGGAGCAGCUGGUGGGCCUGGCAGCCUCGCAGCUCAAUGGGCUCGGCCAGUUUGGAGCCGCCACCACCAGCACUGCCUACCUGAGACAGUCAAAUUUUUCCUCCGGCCUGGAGAAAUAUUUGUGAAGAGGAAGAAGCCAAAGCUACAAAUACACCCAAAAAUUCUUGUGGAACUCUUUUUUAAUAGUCAGAUGAAAGUCUGUAUCUAAUGACUAAUUAGCAAUCAUUCCAUAAUCGGAUUCAAAGUAAUACAACUUUUUCUGUAUUGUGUGUGGCAGCCUCUUGGCUUGUUUAGGAUUGGCCCUUUGAGAUAUAUAUUCUGUGCCUUCAAUCACUGUACCUAAAGUGCAUUUAUCUUGUGUGCUGGGCAGAGAGCCAUAGUUUAAAUACUGGGGUUGCGGCCUUAAAGACCAAAGUCUUGUCAUUCAGCAGAUGCACAAUCUUUCCACAUGUUUAA